UUUAGACUGAUAUUAUUAUGUUAGUUUUCACCAAUAUGAGGCAGCAAUGCAUCGGUUUAUUCUGCUCCGUGUCUACCACUUCGUCGUCUUCAAGGAAACUCAGUCGGCGUAGAGCUUCAGCAUCAUCAUCCUCCUCUCCUCUCCUCUCCGCCUAGGUGAUCUCGCGUCACCUGCAGCUGUCUCCUCUUCCCAAAUACCUUCUGAUUGAGAUCCGCGAUUUUGAUUCUUUUCCAAUUCCCAACACCGCCAAGUGUUUUUGCUCUUUAAUUUUACUGCUUUGCUUUGAGUGAGUUUCACAAUUGUUAGUUUCCUUCCUUCCUAUCAUAUGGAAGCCUGUGUGUGUUUAUAUUUUAUGCAGUUGUAUGUGUAUGCGCCUGUGUGUUUUUCGCACCUCUUUCUUACAUGAAGAAAGAUUUACCUUCUCCCUUGAAAAAAAUUAGGAGUUGGUUUGUGUAUGUAUUUCUGAUUUUGCUCUUGCCGAUGAUUUAGCCUAAAAGAUUUUGUUUUUAGUUUUGUUUGAAGAGUUGGAGUUUCGUUUCGUUAGCUGUGAUCGUCAGCUAAACUUAAGUUUGCUGUUUGUUUAUUUUCUACUAGAGGCUGGUGGUUCAACUGCUCUUCCAAACUGAGAAUUAGUUUGUUCUGAUUUGAUUUGUAUCCGAUUUCAGCGUCAUAAGAUACCUCUGAGUCGUGGGGGUGCCGUUCAAACGAACACAAUUUUCCUUUUACGUGGGUGCGAAGUCUGGAAUUUUGUUUCAAUGGUGGAUGCGAUUCUUGGACUGCCCAUAUAUAGCAUAAAGCACGUCAGAAAUUGUGGUGAAGAUCCUGUAUUUUGGAGUUGGAUUUAGGUUUGAAUCUUACCUUUCCUGCCUGAGUUUUCAAAAAUGGUGGGUAAAGGUAGCAUAUUGGAGUAUAGAAGCAAGUUGGACAGAACACUGCUGUCCCCUCAAUUGACAAAUGACGAAUUGGUUCAUACCCUUGUGAAGAAUCAAAUGUUAAGGUCAUGCAAAGAUUACACUGAGUAUGUGAUUGAAAGAAGAACUGAAGAAGUGUGGAAUUUCCUUGGUAUGUUGAGGAGUGCCUCUGCACAUGAAGUUGACAAGUCAAAAUCAAUUGAUGAACAUGGAAGUGGCUGGAAAAUAAAACAGGACACAGAAGAAUUUCGAGUUAUGUAUCGGGAAGGACCAGAGGGAACUCCAUUUCAUACACUACUUGCUGAAGGCUAUGUGGAUGGACCUGUUGACGUUUGUCUAUGCAUUUCUUCCGAGUCAGAUCUCUAUAAAAAAUGGUGGCCUCAAACUGCAAUUCCAUCUUUCAAAGUCCUCUCAUCCCACUGUGUGAAAAAAAUUAGAGCCGGAGAACAGAUAUCGCUGGUGAGGAUGAAGGUUCCAUGGCCACUUUCAAGCAGAGAGGCUCUAGUACAUUAUUUUACAUAUGAGUACUUCCCAGAUGGUCUAGUUGUGGUGCUUCUGAACACGAUCUCUGAUGUAGAGAAUGUAGACAGAAGUACUCAUGGAUUCACUCGAGAUGGGAUACCUGAUGCUGAGGAUGUGGUGAGAAUAGAUGUGGUGGGAGGAUUUGCUGUACAAAUGGUGGGCCCUGAUAGGAGCUACUUCAGGACCAUUGCAAACAUGGAUAUCAAAUUGGACUUUGUCCCUCCAGCUUUUAUCAAUUUUGUUGCGAGGCAGCUUGUUAGCAGUGGUUUUAGGCUAUAUAAAAAGGAAGUUGCAUCUGUUUCUAAGGGCGACGAAGAUUUUGUUGAGACUUUGAAGGAUCCACAUUACACUCGUAUCCGGCAGGCUCUUUAUUGUCCGGUCUUGCCUACUGCAGUUUCUUUAUCUCCACUGAGAAGCAAAUCUAUUCUAGGUGAAGAGCAAAGUGUACAAGUAGCUGAAAAGAAUGGUCCCGGUGAAUCCCAACAUGGAGACGCGGAAGUGCAGAAUGAAAUUGAGGUAUUAAAGGACAAUGACACAAUUGCAAAUGAAUCCUUGGAUCAAAAUGUCCAGAAAUCACAUGACAAAUUAUCCAAUGAAAUAGAAGAGGUUCGAAUUUAUGAUGAAGUUGCUGCAAGUGAGGUGGAAAAAGCACCUGGAGCAAAGGAUGAAACUGCAAACCAUUAUGGAUCUGAGAUGAGCACUAGGGGAGACAUUAGUCCUGUUGUUCGAGAAGCUCUUGGAACAUUGGAGAAAGUCAUCUCUAUACUCCGGGAUUACAAUAGUAAACCUAGAAAUUACGAGGCCCGUGUUAGUGAAGGAUGCGAUAUAAAUUUAGAGGGCCCCAAGGAAGGAUCCAAUCAACCAAGAGAUGAUCACAUGGAACAAGAGAUGGGGACUCCUGGAGAAUCAUCAAACACGAGAUCACCGGAAUUGACUUGGGUUGAGCCAGAAAACUUGCAUGAGAGUCAGAGUUGCAGCUUGGGAGAUUCAAAAUUGGAAAUGAGCCAGAGCAAGGUAGCUCCAGCCUCACCAACAAAGUCUUCUCACAAUGAGCCCCUGCCCGGCAAUCAAAGAAAUAUUGUCUCCGAAUACACGGGAGGCGGUGCAGAAGAAGACAUCAAGAGGAAGAUGGGAGGCAGAAAGAAAAGGUGGUCAUCAUCAUCAUCAUUUUGCUGCUUCAGUUGUUGAAUCUGAAAUGUGGUAGGCAAGUGUAGAUUAUUUAGCUGUAAUUUCACAGCUACCUCAUCCAUCCAUCAUAAAUCUUCUUCAAGAUUAUUACACGAGGAUUAUUAAUUGUACGUACAAGGACAGACCAUUUCUUUAUAGUGACGUCGACUAUAUAUAUAUAUAUAAUGCAGGCUGGCCCCCUCAGCAAGCCAAAACAGAUACUAUUAUAUAAUAAGAGUUUUAUUUAUUUUUA